GAUUGCUCUUCGAAGGUAGGGCAUCGUGGCUAUGGCAGCUGUGGCAGAGCCGGCAGAGCCUGAGAGCGAGGUCAAGGACUGGCACGACCUGGAAUGCGCGUUGCGCGAGCUCAGAGGCUCCGUGGCCCGGCUGGAAAUGCCGGCUGAAGGGCCUGCACCAGAACCAACGCAGGAAAGGGCGCCGGAGGCAAAGACGCAGGAGCGCCGCCGGCUUCCCUCGAUCUUCGCAGCCUCCUGUGAGUCGGACAUCAAGCUGCUGAACCGCUGCUACACUCCUAACAUCUUCGCGUGGGAUGCGCUGUGUCCGGUGGGAGUACAGGAUGAUGUGAACGAUCUUCAGCUUCGGGUGGCCUAUCGACUGAGGUGCCGGGCAGAGGCACUGCAGAAACAGGAUCUGGAAGAGAUCCGGGCCUUGCAGCGGCAAGAGAUGAAGGAGGCCGAUGAGUUCAUGCACGGCUUUGAUGCGCACCAGUGGCUGCAGCAGGGCCCUUUGCCACUGGCAGCAAAACGGCCGCACUCGGGGGCGCCCCCCAAGAGUGCGCCAAAGUCUCAAGCUGGGCCAUUACCCAGGGACAUCUCCAAGCUGCGCCCAGCGCCGCCACCAGAGGUGCCGGCUCCCAUGGCCUCAUGGCCAAGGCUCCAAGCUUAGGCGGCAGCCUCUGAGCCCUCUGGCAGAUGUCACCUGGGGGGCCCCUUCCAUGUGGCCUCGAAUUUGAUCGUGACGGACCGCGGAUAGUUUUUUAGUGGCAGCCAGCAGUGCAGUUACAGGCAUGCAGAAC